ACUGUCUCAGUAUAUAUGACGAGACCCCCUGUCUUUGCAGCUGUGCUGGGCUUGAACCUGUUUGUCUAACUUUACUAAACUUGAGUUAGUAAGGUUCUUUCUACACUUUUAGUCGUGAUGUCUGUGGUAGCGCUCUCACAUAAAAGAAGUUAUGACUCUUUUUUUGAUGGUUUAUCUAGCUCUCCUACUGUAAGUAGUUGUCGCAUUCAAAAGAGAUGCAGACUUGCAGUUUCCCCACAAAAAAUUCUCUGCAAUGACACCAGAAGGCAUUUAAGUGCACUUGACGAUCAGCAACUAACACGCACCUUUAGCCGUUUUCCUCGAUAUAGUCUUGACGAUUAUGAAGCUUCCCCCAAUAAAGAAAAAAUUAGGGAAAAUGAAGAAAGCGACCAGUUAUCGAAUUUGACUAGUCGCGAAAAUAGCAGUGAAGCUAAUUUUACGAAUUGUAAUGGCACUCUUGUAGACAAUAAAAGUGGUAUCAAAUCCCGAGUGAACGAAACUUCCUUAUUUAGCCAGAGUGGCAAGGUCCAUCCUUGCAGUUCUUUAAACACAAACUUCAAAACGGCGCCAUUUAUUCGCCGAGCAAGCCUUAAAGACGACCCACAACUUCUGUUUACCCUCGACCAAGUUAAGAGUAUUAUAACAAAAGCGCUAGAAGAGAAAGAAAAAAGCUUAAGAGAAGAAUAUGAGCUUCGUCUUCAGGAACUACUUAUGGAACAGUACCAGGCUUUCGUCCGUCAUACUGAAGAAUUGAUUCAUCAAAAGUUAUCGAAGAGCACCUUUGACUAUAUGUGCUGAUGUUACCUUUCAGGACAAUGACAAGUGCUUUGACAAAUAUAUAAUAAAUAGCUGCACCC